AUGGCUACACCUCAUCCUCAUACUGGUCCUGUCGGCCCUGACACUUUGAUCACUGUCAAAGUCAUCAUCGACGGUACUAAUCGAAGAUUCAAGCUCGCUCUUCGUGACCUCGGAGCGAAUGUACUUCCACUGAAGCUUCGUUUCUUGCUUAAUAUUCCCGCAGAGCAGGAAGUUCGCUUCGAUCGAUUCUCCGAUUCCGCAGGCACCUACAUCACCCUCGACAGCAACAAUCCAGCCAUCUACAAACAGUUAUACAGAGCCGCGAAGGCCAAGCUCAAGCUGCGCUUGAGGGCUGUUGUGGAAGUACCUGCGAAGCCUGAGACUAGUGAAGACACUCCUGGUACCUCCAAGAUGCUGAAUGUCAAGGAGGUCAUGAAGGAUACUGCCGCUGCCUCAGAGCCGAGGCAAACCUUCCUCGAGACCGUCCUGUCUCAACCAUUGGGUACCGGCAUCGUACCGUCCUUCAAGUCUUUCCAGAAAGCUUGCCCUUACUCUGCAACCUGUGCAAUUCCAGGUGCCUUUGACCUCAACAACGUCGACUCAGAUGACAUGUUUUACCUUCCUCCAGAGAGCCCCCACGGCGCUAGGGCCCUGAGUUUUCCCACCCUGCCCUCGCUCAAUGACUUCCCAUCGACAUCCUACAGUAUUGACUGCAACAAUUGCGGGAAGUCUGUGCCCAGUGAGCAUUACCAUUGUGGUAUUUGCGAGAAUGGUGACUUUGAUCUCUGCAAGGCAUGCGUUGACACUGGCGUGACUUGUGGUGGGGAAGAGCAUUGGCUUCUGAAGAGAACGAUCCGCAAUGGCAUUGUCAUCCCCAGCACCACGGAGACUUUGGCUCCGAAGAAGUCACCUACGGCCGCCAGUCGCACCUCCGACGAAAUCAUCACACCAGUCAGCCCCGAAGAUGAUGAGGAACGCACUUGCAAUUCUUGCAUUUGCCAAUUGCCAGCUCGCGAUUUUGUCACUUGCCAGAACUGUCCCGACUUCGAUCUUUGCUUGACUUGCUUCCAGGGCGGCGAACAUGGUCAUGACCCAUCCCACGGGUUUCAACCACAAGAGGCUCUUGAUCACAUGCUUGAGCCUGCGAUCAAGAAUCUUUGUGCUCCCGGUCGCGGCAUUCGCCAGGAUACCCUCUGCGAUGGCUGUAAUGCGUUCAUCUUGGGCGUCCGACACAAAUGUUUGUCCUGCCCAGACUUCGACUAUUGCUCUACCUGCAUCGAGACUGCCGGCGACAAGCACCCCGGUCAUCGGUUUGUACCCAUUUAUACCCCGCUUCACACCUUCCGCCCUGCAAAGCACGUCCAUCGUGGCAUCUACUGUGACGGCCCUCUGUGCACCAAAUACAAGCAUUACAUCACAGGCGAUCGUUACAAGUGUGCUGUUUGCCACGAUACCGAUUUCUGUGCCAACUGUGAAGCAUUACCGAAUAAUGGACACAACGAGUCUCACCCGCUGAUCAAAAUGAAAGUCCCAUUCCGCCAUGUUUCCAUCACCACUCAACACGAGACAGAGGAGGGUCAAAAGAUUACACAAAUGGGAGAUCGGCCAACAGCCAAACACGCGGCUACCGAGACUACCCGUUCAACUUCUGCCAACGCGGCUACGCAGGUUCACACUGUGGCAGAUGUGCAGCCUGAUGAGACUGUGCCCUCUAUCAACGCCGCUACGCAGGUUCACACUGUGGCAGAUUUGCAGCCUGCUGAGACUGUGCCUUCUGUUGUGGAGCGUAACAAGAUCAACGACGUCCUGCCGGGCAAGCCAAUGGUGAAUGAACUCCAAGCUUGGUACGUCCGUGACUCGACGCAUGAUGGUACUCGGGUCGCGCCGAAUCAUCUCGUCACUCAAACCUGGACCCUUCGCAACCCUGGCCCGGAGGAGUGGCCGGCCGGCUGUGCAGUGUACUAUAUCGGUGGAGACGAUAUGCGAAACCUGGAUAUCUAUCACCCCUCGAGUGUUAGCACAAUGACAUCUGCCAAUCGGAGCAACUUCCUUACCGCCAGCCUUGGACCAGGAAAGACUGCUAUGUUCACGGUCUUUUUGAAGUCACCUCCUCGUGAAGGACGGGCAAUCUCGUACUGGCGCCUCAAGACUCCUGGGGGACAGCCCUUCGGCCACAAGCUUUGGGUCGACAUCGAUGUCCGUUCGACUCCAGUGGAGCUGCCUAUCCGUUCGGCUUUGGUACCCACGUCACCUGCAACCGUUGAAGGGGAUCCAGAGGUUAAGGACGAGGACAAAUCACAGGCAAGCUCUACAAUGAUCUUCCCCACGUUGGACAAGGAAUCUCCUACUUCUAGUGUCCACAAUGUCAGCGCCGAGCACGUUGAGGUCGCCCCAGUGGCAGUGAUGGGACCGACCACCAAGACUGACGAACAUGAAUUCCUCGAGGAUGUGGAAAGCCUUGAAUUAGAGGAGUCCGACAGCGACGAGGAAGAGUUCCUGACGGAUGAAGAAUACGACAUCUUGGAUGCGACCGAUGAAGAUUUCUUGAUCGAAGCACAGCAGGGGGGGAGCAAGUAA